AUGGCAACCAACUUCACUGUCCAUAGCGUUCUGGUGACAGGGGCAAACAGGGGCAUUGGUCUAAACCUUGUGAAGCGAUUUCUGAGCCUGCCAGCCCCACCCCAGUGGGUCUUUGCUACACACCUGAAGAACGAUGAAGCAAAGUUCAAGGACUUAAAUGAAUUGAAAUCCCAACACCGGAACCUGGAGUUGCUGCAGUUAGACGUUACAAAUCUUGAGAGUAUCCAAGAAGCCGUUAAGCAAGUACAAGAGCGUGUUGGAGAAUACGGGCUGACCUUGCUAGUGAACAAUGCUGCCCUUCGGCUUGAUGGCGACCUGGAGACUGAGACCGCUGAGCAGAUGGCGUCCACAUAUGCCACCAAUACUAUUGGGCCUCAUCAAGUGAGCCAGGCAUUCCUGCCUCUGCUGAAGACAGCAGCUCAGAGGAGCUCUCUGCAAGGACUGAGUUGCAGGAAAGCAGCUGUGGUCAAUAUAUCCAGCAGUGGAGGCUCCAUAGAACUCAUGUUCCUCUGGAACCAGAUGCAGAGAGUCGCUUAUCGCUGCAGCAAGGCUGCUUUGAACAUGCUUACCAAAUGCCAAUCACUGGUGUACCCGGAAUAUGGAAUUCUGUGUGUUUGUAUCCAUCCUGGCUGGGUGAAAACUGGAAAGACAGAGGCGCCUCUGACUGAGGAAGAGAGCACUCAAGGAAUCGUUCAUGUACUCUCCACACUUUCCAAGGAUGACAAUGGUACCUUUGUGGACUGGGAAGGGCAGAGACUUCCUUGGUGAAAGAUUUCUCUGAUGACAUCAGAGAGCAUAUGACUGAAUCCAAUAAAAAC